AUGGUGAGGUUGAGUAUCCAUGAUAUACUGACCGUCGUGAUCACAAACCCAGCCACCACGACGUCUGGUCGCAGACGCCACCCCUUCUUCAGGAGCUCUGAUGCCUUCCGCAAUUCACAAACAGAGACCCCUCCGACGGAAAACGACUGUGAUAGAUUAGCAGCUAAAAGUUUGUUAGCCUAUAUGCGACGAAGUUUCGAUGAUAUACUGACCGUCGUGAUCACAAACCUAGCCACCACGACGUCUGAUCGCAGACGUCACCCCUUCUCCGGGAGCUCUGAUGCCUUCCGCAAUUCACAAACAGAAACUCCUCCGAUCGAAAUGACUGUGAUAGCCACCACGACGUCUGACCGCAAACGUGACCCCUUCUUCAGGAGCUCUGAUGCCUUCCACGAUUCACAAACAGAGACUCCUCCGAUCGAAACGGCUAUGGGGAUGUUAGUCAAGACAAGAUUGAGAAUCAACAAUAUACUGACCGUCAUGAUCACCAGAUCAGGCUACCACCACGUCUGGCCGCAGACGUGA